UAACGGUUGGCCCGGGCAGGUGUUGCAGCGCGCGCUAUGGAGGCCUUUGUGGCGGAGUUUGGGGAGAAGCUCAGCCGCGCGGAAGUUCAGUGGCUCCAAAACUUGUAUAGAUUUACAGACAAGAAUCUCCUUUCAAUAUCUGAAGUGCCUGAUAUUACAUGUAGAGAGCUGAGUCGCCGUAUCUUUCAAUGUCUAUGCAGAAUUUGUCACCAUAGCAGUAACCCUAGCUGCCAUCGAGAUAAAACUGGAUUUCUUCUACCUUUGAGCUACAGAUUUAUAUCCAUAGGAGAACUGUCUCAGCAGAAAACCCAAUGCUGCAGUUGCUUAGCAUGGAGCACAAGUCAAUUCAAGGAAUGGACCCGAUGUGUGGAAGGUAUUCCAGCCGAUUACAAAGCAGUUAAUCGGACAAAUCUGCUGUUAUGUGGUAUCCUGACAGAUAAAAUCUGUAUUCCUCCCAGUAUGUCAGAGACAGCAACGCAGCAGCAUGAUGGACACUUGUAUUUCAAAGACAAAAAUGAUUUUCUACAUUGUGAGGUGACCAAGCUAGAUCUAAGUUGGUUGGAGCACCUAGUAUUGUUCCCAAGGUGGAGUUAUAUUCCUCAAACUAAGACAGUUGGCAAGUUGGAUGGGGUAAAGACUGGAUACCUUGAGAUACCAGAAGCUCCUUUCUUUUUGCUUCCAAAUCUGAUAACCAGCAGUCCGAGGGUAACCGGCAGCCUGAGUGCUUUACUGCCUGAUUCAGCACUCCAUCUUCUGGACAAACAGUUUCAUUCCACUGAAGUGAAGAUGAACGUAGCUGGAGAACUCAGCCGCCUUAGCUCAAUGUUACAUAUUCAAGGAGAAACGUUUUUCUUCUUCUUUCUCAGCUCCUUUACAACUGAUAUUUGUCUUCCCAUAGUUGUCCAGGUCCCUUCCAAACUGGUGUGGCAUCACUGCUUAAUUCCUUCUGAACGAUAUGUUGUAACGGAGAUGUUCGUUUCUAGCUUGCAGAGCACAAGCAAUAAGCUUUUUGUAGUGUCAUCGUCUUCAGACUUCCAUAUCUACAAUGAGGGAUUUGUGAAAGAACAAACUCUGGCUGAAUUUAUGCAAGCUUCGCAUAUUAAGGAGAUGUCCAAGCAGGCGCUGAAAACUACUGUUAAAGAAGAACCUUCUCAGAUUAGUUUGUGUGCGAAUUGGUCGACUCAAAACACUAUAGAAAUAUUAGAUAACAAAGAGUCCAAAGUGUGCUCCUACCAGGGAGUGAUAAGUAGAGUACUAAACAUUUCAGCAGGCCUUUAUGAGCUAGAUGGCAAGUUUGGUCUUUGCAUAGCCUACCAGCAAAUGAUAAAUUGUGCAAGAGGUCUCCGUCCUGGUGUCCGUGUGGAGAUGCAUGACGCACACUUGUACCACAAGAAAUCUGAGCACUUCCCAAGCAUCAUGCUCUGUUGCUGCCUGAGGAGCAUUUUGAUAGUCACAGAAUUUUCCAGCCUGGAUGCAGAAUAUCAGCCCUUCACUACCAACUGCAAUAUAUACAUUAACCUUCUGUUUAAGUACAACCUCGAUCUACCCAAUUAUCUGUGGCUCGUCCAUAUUGUGGAAAGCCUAGUACAAAGAUUUCAUGUCCAAAUAUUUCUUGUCAAAGUACUUCAAUAUCAGAAUUAUUAUCCAAUGCUGAAGAAAGAGGUUGGAAGGCUGUUAAGAUGUUCUCAUUGCUGCCAUCCCCUGAAAUUAAACACUUGGUAGCUCAACAGCUUAAUCGAAACUUGCUUGGUCGUUUGAAGUUUUAAAACCUGAAGAUUUUCAACCC